AUAAAUUUAUAAAUUAAAUUUAAUAAAUUGUUUGGAUGGUUCAGUUUUUAUAAACUCAAUUUUAUUAUAUAUCUUCUUAAUUAGAAAUUUUAGACAAGCCAAGGUGUAAUGUAAUAGAUAGUGAGCUCAAAGGAGUAGAUGACUAGUGUUUAGUGUUCUGUUAUCUUCAUAGAUGACAUUAGAAAUGAAACCAUUGAGUGCGCGACAUUGACAGAAAAUUUAGAAAUUCAACUGGCGGCUGUUUUUUUUUUUGUAUUUGGUCGAUCAUCAAGAAAUGGGUUUUUAUGAUUUUAUAAAUUUUGUAGUUUAUGAUAAUCCUGUCUCAAAAUCAGUAACUUCCUUUGUAAAGGGUUCCAAACCACCUGCAGUUCCCACUGUGACAGUUAUAACUGAGAAAACCCCUUUGUGGAAACUGGCAUCUGAAAAUGGACCGUUCGUUCGCAUUGCUGGUAUCAUGGGAGCUUCGGCCGUAAUUUUAGGAGCAUACGGUGCUCAUAGGUCAUAUCCGAAAGAUAGGGUGCAGGAACUGAAGCCAAUUUUUGAAACAGCUAAUCGAUUUCACUUCUUUCACAGUUUAGCUCUUUUGGGUGUUCCUAUGUGUAGGUCUCCUGUCUUGGCUGGUACUUUAAUUAUUUCUGGGACGAUUUUAUUUUCCGGAACCUGUUACUAUCAUGCAUUUUCGGGAGAGAAAAAAUUUGGAAAACUAGCUCCAAUUGGAGGCACAAUUUUAAUUCUGGGAUGGUUGUCAAUGGUUAUUUAAUUGUACCUGUUUUAAAUAAAUCAUCAUAUGGGUUACAUUUUUUUUUAGGUGAUUUGUCCCUGCAUGAUCAAUAAUAUAAGGAAGUGAUAUGUAUUUAAGAUAUUUCAAAAUGUCAUUUUUGAUGUAAAUACUGAUAUUGUUUUUUAUUUGUAAAAGUGUAUGGCACAA